CGCAAUGUAGGAAGUAAAUUCCACAUACGUUCCCCUCCUAGGAUGGCGAAGGCAUACACAAUUCGCGACCGUCCCUACCCGCUGCCUGCUCCGGUCUGGUUGGUUGUAAACCGUCUCUGUUAGGGUUAGGCAGGAGGAGUUGGUUAUGGUAACAAUGUCAGGGUAACGUUAAGCCAAUCAAUGGCAGAGUAAGAUAGAGUAGGGCGGGGCAUGCCUUCUCAAUCCUAGGAAAUAAAAUACUCUCGCGUACCGUUCUUGUUUUCCCCGUUUUGACAGCUCGAACUAAACGUUAAAUUAAAUCUGCCUGCUUGUAUAUAUUUAGUCUUUUCUCCUAUACUUUCGGAGAAGUUUCCGACUUGAAUAAUCGACUCGACUAGCUGUAACACUAACAUCACGGUCCGUGAAACCGUCAAGGAAGUCAAAAUGAGUCGCAGUCGGAACCCCCCUCCCCGGGGUCAAGGGGCAGCGCGAGCCAAACAGAUGGGGCUGCUUCUUGACCUGUCCCCGGAUGGAGGGAUGGAUGAUGAGGGAAAUGAUGAAGACCUGGAGGCAGAGCUGUUGAAUCUGGUGGGAGGAGGUGGAGGGAGAUCACAAGGAAAGAAAGCUCCUGUUCCCAUGGCUGAUAUAGAGCAAAUGGCAGCUCUUUGUAUGAAAGACCUGGAUGAUGAGGAAAUGGGGGAUGAAGAUUUGGAAGAUGAUGAAGAUCUGCUGGCAGAACUGAAUGAGGUUUUGGAGGAUGAUGAGGAACCAACUCCUACUCUCACCCUUCCUGCUGUCACGCCGACUGGUCCCAAAGUGAGCGUCGCAUCCCACUCUGCUCCUUCUGCAGCUCCCAGGGGUGCGACUGUGUUGGAGUCUCUCCUGUUGGAGCGCAUUGAAAUGUAUAAGGGAGCCAUUUCCAAUGCCAAGGCUGCGGGGGAGACGAGCAAAGUUCGAAGAUACGACCGUGGGUUUAAGACUCUGCAGACAAUGUUGGCAUCUGUCAGGAAAGGAAAAGCAGUCAAUGAGGAGGAGAUCCCGCCUCCAGUUGCUCUCGGCGGAAAGCCCAACGUCCCAGCAGAGUCUGAAUCGAUCAAGGAACGAGAACUGCCAGAGCCCACGCGGAUGCCCUCUCCGCCCACAAAUCAGAAACCUCUGAGGGAGGCUGCGCCAAAAGCUCCUGAUAUGAAGCCGCUCCAUCUGACCGUGCCCCAAAAGCCUGCUGCUGCCGCCAUCACCCCGGAAACACCUGCCAUCUCUCCCCUCACCCCCAGCCAGCCCGACGCACAGCACUCCGAGCUGAAACAGGCUGUGUUGUCCAGACAAAGGGAGUAUAAGAUGGCGGCCAUAAACGCUAAAAAGAGCGGCGACAUAGACCAGGCGAAACAGCACUGCAUCACUGCCAAGAAGCUGGACAUGCUGGUGGAGGCUGUGGACAGAGACGAACCUGUAGACCUGAGCUCACUACCUCCUCCUCCUGGAGACGUAGUAGCAAAACACUGUGCACCUCCUCCUCCUCAGUCUUCCUCUAAACCUGCUGCCCCCGCUGCACCUGCACCCACCCAGGUGGCCACUGCCGAUCUGCCUGCCCCCAGCAGUUUGGCAGAAGCCCUGCAGCAGAGAAUGGACAUAUACAAGUCAGCAGCAGAGGGAGCCAAGAGCAAAGGAGAUGAUCGUAAGGCUCGCAUGCACCAGCGCAUUAUCAAGCAAUACCAGGAUGCCAUCAGAGCUCACAAAGCUGGACGACCUGUCACUUUGUCGGAUCUACCUGUGCCACCAGGCUGUCCACCACUUCAGGGCUCAGAGGGGGGUCAGCAGAACUUCAUGGGUGUCCUGGAAACGGCUAUGAAAAUAGCUAAUCAGGAUGCAGACGCAGAAGAGGAAGAAGAGGAUGGACAAAGAGAGGCUGCCAAGCCCACAGUGCGUCCACCUACCCAGAAAGCAAAGUCUCCAGCUCCUCAGGCCCCGGGAGGCUCCUCAGCUCCAAAACUGGGAUCUAAAGCCCAGCAGCAAGUGGAUUUACUGUUGCUAAGGCGACAGGCUUUUUUGCGUGCAGCGUUGCGCUCCAAACAGAUGAAGGACAUGACUGGAGCAGCGCAGUACCUCAGACAUGCCAAGGGACUGGACCCCAUGAUCACUGCUGCCAAGUCUGGCCUACCUGUCGAUAUCACCAAGAUUCCCAGUGCUCCAGUGAGUGAGGAGGACUACGCCCUGGCUCGCUCCCGCACCUCCCCUCUCUCCCAACGCUCCAGUGAACAGUACCACGGCCUCAUGGAUCUUUUGCGGAAGCAGCAUGAGAAAUGUUUGGGAUGCUCUCAACAGCUCACACUCAUGGGCAAUGUGUCUGAGGCUCUGAAGUUUGAGAGGCUAGUUGAGGAGUGUAUGAAGAACAUAGAGAUACUGAAGAAUGCACACGCCAAGGGCCAGCCAGUCCCCAAGUGCCGCACAGAGGAGAGGACCUUCAACACGAUCAAGAGCAACUCCAACCUGACACCUAAUGACCUGAUACUGUACAUCAUCAAAGGCAUCAACCUACCAGCUCCCUCAGGUGUCUCACCCAACGAUCUGGAUGCCAGUGUGAAGUUUGAGUUUCCUUUUCCCAGCGCGGAGGAGGCUCAGAGGGAUAAAACGAGCACAGUAAAGAGCACUAACAGCCCAGAGUUUAAAGAGAAUUUCAAACUCCACAUCAACCGCGCCCACCGAGGCUUCAAACGAGUCAUCCAAUCCAAAGGCGUCAAGUUUGAAAUCGUCCACAAGGGAGGCCUGUUUAAGACAGACAAAGUUGUGGGCACUGCUCAGCUGAAGCUAGAGGCUCUAGAAAACCAUUGUGACAUUAGAGAGAUAAUAGAGGUGAUGGAUGGACGUAAAGCUACAGGUGGCAAGUUGGAGGUGAGGGUGAAGAUCAGAGACCCUUUAUCAGGAGUUGAUCUCCAGCCAGUGACGGAGAAGUGGGUGGUGCUCGAUCCUGUGUCCCCCAUUUCUCCUCCCGAGAAACAAAAGGAACGGGCUCCAUCUCCUCGGUCUAAACCCAGACAUGAAUCGAGCAGCAGGAGCAGUCAUCCCAACAACUCUCCUCCACAGUACAAACUCCACAGCUUCAGCCUCCUCAACUAUGACAGGGAGCGGCUGGAGAGAAAGAUUGCAGAGUACCGAAAGGCACGACGGGAUCCCCCAUCUGACCUCGUCCAUCAACACAAAGAGGUCACACACAGACUGCAGUGGCAGAAAGCACAGCUGGAGGGAGCCUCUUCUGCUCUACUGACAGAGUAUGAAAAUGUGCUGCGGCGCUCCGUCCAAGGGUAUGCUGACUCUGUGAAGAAAUACUCCAGCCAGGGCAACAGGGACGCUGCCAAGGAUUCACUGGGCAAGUUGAAGAUGGUAGAGACUGAGUUGGAAUCGCUUAAAAGGAAACGCACAGGAUGAGAGGAGAGUAAGGGAGUGGAGACUUGGCUGGAGUACUGUUAUAUCAUCUCUCUCUCACUCUCUCUCAUACACACUCCUAGACAAGCUUGAUGGUGUUUUAAGCCUCCAACGUCACCUUCCAGGCAGCUAACCCUCACCUUAACACUAAACAUAACCAUUGACGCGCUGCCAGGAAGGCAACGUUGGGGGCUUCAAACAUCAAUAUUCAAACACUACAGUGGGUACUUCAAGCACCUUUAGUAUGAUUCUGUGCUGCCCAUGUCCAUGACAACUGCAUGAACCAACCGGACAAUUCUGUCAAUUGAUCAUAUAACCUGCGUUACUUGUGGUUAGUUGCCUGCCACAGUAAUUAAAAAGAAAUCUCUAACAACAAAGGGACACAGAAAUUAAAGCAAGCAUUAAAAUGUGUUAUUGGGGAAACAGGCUUAUUUGCACUUAAACACUAGAGAAAGCUGCUUUUAAAGUUCAUCUUUACAAACCUUACCUGUUCUGUUCAUUUUUGUCAGUCCCAUUUUUUCCUUUGAGAAUUGUUGGUGAAAGAUCCGUCAGAAGAUUUAUAAAUUUUACGUUUGGCACCAGCUCAGAGAGUCUGUUGGUGUCCACAGAUGACCAAAAAAUAUGUGCGUGUGUGUAUGUGUGUGCUCUGAAGUGUGUUUAACCUAUCGACUAAGGUGUUUCUAACCCCUUUACCCAUAUUUUAUGUGUGUAAUGAGCUUAAUCUAAUCUGUCUGCUCCAGUGUUUCCAGAUUACAGUAAUCUGCUCCGUUUGGAGUGGAGUGAUAUGGGAAUAAAAAAACGGGGCUUCGGGGCGCCGCAGCCUACAUCCCAUAACGAGGGAUUAGUGUUUGUGUCACCAAGGAGACGACUAGAUCAGACGUAGAGUCGCCUUUGGGGCUGGGAAGAGGGGGUGUUAGCAGCGUGCCACGAAUGUGGUAGAGGCUUAGUUCUGCAAAAGGAUUGCUUCUUCUUCAUCAUCAGCUGUUUCUUUGUUGUUGUGUUCUUCAUCCUCACUUUCUUCACACUAAUUCCGUAUAUUCAAAGAUUAUUCACAGUCAUGAGUAAUAUGCCGCUCCACUAGGAUUUUCUUUAAACUCUUCAAUAAUAUUAAGCCCAUUAUGUUGUCGAUUAGAAAAUAAUUAACAGCUGCUGCCUCAGCUUGCUGCUAUUUUCCAUAGAUUUUGGCAUAUGCAGUUUACAAAACCAGAUUCUUUCCCACUGAGAUCUCCAGUGGCAGCACAGUGGAUGCUGAAUAGUCUGCCCACAGAAGGACAACUCAAUAUGUGUCAGUGAUGCUGGGUAAUUGCUCAUUUCUAUUUCUGUUGCCCCAUAGACAUCUCUGUCAUACAGUAGGCACCCUUGUCAUUCCUCUCUACUUUACACUUAUAGUGGCCGUGAAGUCUAGGGAACAAAUAUCAGACAAACCCUGUAAAACUUUAAAAAGAUGUGUGACAAGUGCAGACACCUUGAAAUUAAUCAUUUUCUCAACAGCACUAGAUGUACAAAAACAGGAAUGUGACGAAUAUGUCUGUUUAGAGGACAGAUGUUUCCUCUGUGUGUUGGACAACCUGCUAACCUGACAGCAGAUUCUGUUGACCCACGUUGAUUGCAUGCAGCCGGGAUGUAGCAAACUAGUUUAAAUGACCCUUACUUCAUCUGACUCUUCAAUGUGGAUGAUGUCUGUUAACUCCACUAAUAGGUUUUUUCGGUCACGUGACACAGCAGAGACUCAUCUGUUUGCCCUAAUCCACUCACUGCUUCACCCCAUUAGCAAAUAAUCCUGGUUAAAGUUGACCUGAUAUGGCCCUCCAUAGUCUGUGUUAAUUUUUUUUUAACACCCCUUCCCCCACUUUUUUUUUUAAUCUAUCAGGAGAGGAUAUCUUCUGACUCUUUGUAAAUGGUACGUUAUGGUGCUUUUGAUCAGCUGAUAUUCUUUUAGAUGGACAGAUGAUUGCUUAUAGUGGCAUGAUAACUUUUAGUUAAUUAUGAGGUGGCUCUGAAAGGACUACUGUAUGCCAAUGUGUGUUUGCAACUUUUAGCUCCUUAAUUACAAGUCAUGUACACUUAACAUUUUUGCUGACAAUUUUUCAAUGUAUGCUGCACAGUUUCAGAUUUGAUGUAUUUUCCCUACUGUUCCUGGCAGCCAUUAGUUUCCAUUCAUUUCAGUGCAGUAUGAAAAUCUGUUAGACUGUUGAAACUUGCUUGUCAAACAUUUGGCUCAAACAUUAAUUGCUCAAAGUUUAUUUGUGUUAAUUUAUGUUAUUUAUUCGAUAAAGACGGCAUUAACGAUGAAGAUUCAGAUAAUGUAAAUUUGACAAAAAUGAAUGCAGAAUCAAUGAUUUACACAUUGGUUUAAUUGGUUUUCAUACUGUAUGGAAAUUAAUAGAAAUCAAUGGCUGCCUGAAUCUAUUACAAAAAAUAUGACUAUAGAUUAAUUACAAUGCCAAAAAAAACAAUGUCUUCAAUUUUCUUGUUUUGUUAGACCCCACUCGCCAAAACCCAGAGAUAUUAAGUUUACUAUCAUAUAAGAUGAAGAAAAGCUACAAAUUCUCAGAAUUUAGAAGCUGGAUAUAGGGAAGGUUGUGUUUUGGCUUCAAAACGGAUUAAACAAAUCGAUUAUUAAUCAAUCGAUCAAUCUUUUUUUAAAGGACAAGCUGUGAUGUAAACUAGUUUGUAGUUGAUGGGCUAAAACAUGCAAAUCCACCACGUUGGUUCUUUAACAGAAAAUGUGUAGCACUCGCAUGUUUUAACGUGGUUAAACGCACACAGAACUGCAGCGGAGCAGCACUCCUUUCUCUAACUCCAAAACCUUUAACCCCAUGUCACCACACACACACACACACACACACACACCACCCCACUGAGGCUGUCCUGUUGUCAUAGCGACGUGCUCAUUAGCAUGCAGUGUGGUAGUUAGAUGGUCAGGACCCAGGGAGAGGGACAUAUUGUCAAAGUUUGUCCUGCUGGUGACUCACACUCCUUUUUCACAUUUACAAGACACCACACACACUCCUCACCCUUUUUUUUAAUUUAGGUUGUUUGGCUCUCCUCUCUGUUUGAGCUACUCUGUAAUCUCGCUGCACUCCAUUUAAAAAGGAGAAAGUUUGGUGAAUUGUUGUCAUUAUUGGUAAUAUUUCUGUCCUGAUCUGCUGCAGUAAAUGUAUUGUUUGGGAACAUACUAUUCUUGAACCUAUUACAUUUAUUAAUCUAUUAAAUCAUGUAAGAGCAAUCAAUAUAAAUGUAAUAUUUGUAUACAGUAAAUAUACAGCAUAAUAUACUCUGACUCUAUUUUUACUUGUAAGUCAUGAUUUGUGCAGCUUAGACAGGGAAUGUAUGAAGGAAUGAUUGUUUAGGCUUUAUUACGUAUGAGGUUGGUGUGAACAUGAAUAAAAUAUGGAAACAG